AUGGUAGAUGGGUCACUAGGUCAAGGUCAAGAAAAUGUGCCAUGGAAUGAGGGGGGUCGGGGCAAGGAAAUAGGGGACCUGCGGCUGCUCCUGCUCCUGCCCCUGUCCCUGGCAGCCUUCCACGGGGUCAAAGGCUGUUUGGAAUGUGACAAGUUCAUCGAGGAUAUUAAGUCCUUGCUGGUAAAGCUGGUACCCUCAGAAGUCCCUGGCCAAACUCAUCUGCUUGAACGGCAGAUUAAGGAGAUGAUCUGUUUAAGCUUCAAGGUCUCCCACAGGGACAAGAUGCUUUGGGUGUUGGCUGUUCAAAAGGUUGUCAAUUUGAGAACAUGGCUGAAGAAUGAACUUUAUAAACUGAGCAAUGAAACAUGGAAAGGUGCCCUUAUCCUUCAAGUCAAGCUUCUCGAUAUCCGCCAAAACCUGGAAUCCAAACUGAAAGAACUAUUAAAGAACUUCUCUGAAGUUGCUUGUUCUGAAGAUUGUGUCAUGACUGAAGGUCCUAUCCUGGAUUGUUGGACCUGUCUUCGCAUCACCACUCGGUGCUUCAAAGGAGAAUAUUGUGCAGAAGAUGAUCCAAAGAAGGCUGAGAAUGAAGAGAUUGCACUAUUUCUGAUAUUACUAGCCGAAGGUGUAAUAUUGGGAGGUGCUUUGUUACCAUUCCAUUUUUGCAUCUCUCAUCGGAGGAGAAUGAAGGCAAUACGAAGGUCAUUAAAGAAAUACUUGGAGAAGAAACUUGAAGAAUUAAUGGGGAUAAUGGAUGAGAAGGAGAAAGAUUUUGGAGGCAGAAAAUAA